AUGGAUCCCUUAAAGAAAGUUGAAUAUUUGGUAGGAGCCACUGUUAUAGAAGGUAGAGGGCUUACAGGGAAGGAUCGAGGUGGUACAUCUGAUCCUUUCGUCAAGGUCAGCUGUGCUAAUUCUGAUACACAGAUCUCACAGAGGCUUUAUUCUACUAAUAAUGCGGUUUGGAACCAAAGUUUCACAUUUGAAAAAGUUCUUUUGAAUAAGCUUGAACUUGAGUCUAUGGAGCUGGUGUACGAGGUUUAUGAUUAUAAUGCUGUUCUUGCUAAUGAACUUAUCGGAUAUCACUCAGUGGGGCUUUCAACGAUGUAUAGACAUCUCAACCAUGAGUUUUACAGAAAAUGGGUUCCUCUUUUUAAUUCAGAGAUCGGACCUGAACCUCAAGGUCAGCUUUUAAUCUCCUGUUUUAUUAUUGGGCCAGGUGAAAAACCUCCGGCUCAUAGAAAGGAUGAAAUUAUUGACGAUGAUGAGGAAGAUCUCGAUGAAAUUCUUGGCCCUGAUGUAAGUGAAGCUAAGAAAAGAGAGUUGCAAGAGAAAAAGAAGGGAAUAUUUCUCCUUACAAAUCCAAAGAAUCAGUAUAAAACAUAUCAGCUAAACAUUAACAUUUUAAAGGUUGAAGGCCUACCUUAUGUUGAUGGAAAGAAAGGACCUACCACAUAUUGAUCUGCAAGAGUUAUGGGUAAUACUAUCUGCACUGGCACAGUAAAGGAAAGCGUUAACCCUGCUUUCAACCAAAAGUUAUCUUUACCGGUGAUUCUUCCAACUCUCAAUGAUAAAAUUUUAAUAAAAAUUUGGAUGGAUUAUUCUCUGACUUCUGUUGAUCUUUUAGCCAAUCUUCCUGAAGUACCAAGGAAAGAUGAUAUUUUCAAUAUUUCCAUUCUGCAAGGUAACGAAGGAUGGGUAACAAGCAAAUGGUAUAACAUGUAUGGAACUCAUCCCGAAGAUAGGGCAUACUUCUUUACACCAGCUACUUCAUAUUAUCUUGAGGGAAAUUCUUUCCUCGGAAGAGCUCUUAUCUCAAUGAAUAUUAAUCCUGUUGAGAAGCCACAGUUUGCCAAAUCAUCUGCAAAUCUUCUACGGGAGCCUCAAGCAAAAGACUAUGUUCUUUUCUGUGAGCCUUAUGAGAUAAGCAACAUUACUGAAACUCAAGGAAAAGACGUUCGAAUAGAAGUAACUUUUGGGCUUGCUAAACAGUUCACCAAGCAGCUUAAGUAUAACAGUGGUAGUAAAAACUACAAGUUCAAACUUAAGCAUAAAAUUAAGCCAAUAAAGAUAUCCUAUCCUGAAGACCUCAAACAAGUUCCUGAUAUAAUAGUAACUCUGCAAGCCCAGAAGCUCUUAGGAGGGAUCUGGAAGGUCGGAUACUUUAGAAUAAAGCCUCGAGAGCUACUCGACAAUGAUUGCCCUCGGUGGUACAAGUUCAAAUCUCUCGAGAAGCCCCAUUCUUCUCCAGGGAAGCUCCUGUGUAACUUCACACUAGUACACGCGGACAAAGCUAAUACUAUUAGAAGAGGAAAGAAGAAGAGUGCAGAAGUUCAGUUUAAAUUCUACUAUAAUAUCUUCUAUUGUCUCGAUAUCUCUAUUGAUCAGAAGAAUGAGGAAAAGGUUGAGUCCAAGCUUAGACUAGAGAUUGGGUCAAACAAGAUAAAAAGUACUGAUUGGGUGAAGAACCAUAUUCCUCUAUGGAACUGCUCUGAUUUUAAAGAUCUUACUCUACCAAAGAACCUCAGUUUCGCACCAGAUUUAUCUAUUUAUCUCGUGCAAAAAGGAUGGUUUGGUGGUGAAAAAGAUGUAGGAGAGGUUCAUAUUCCUCUUUCAUCGAUAAAAGAAGAUUUCUCAGAACCGAAAUUCUACCAAUUCACUUCCUAUGGAGAAAUCAAAGGUAAACUCUUGGCUAUAUUCAACAUUGCUGAGAAAGAUGCCGAAAAUAACGAUUCUGACUUGCAGAAUAAAGUGGAUGCGAAUUCUGACUUCUUUACCAACUCAGAUAUCACCUUCUCUAUAAUUGGAAUAAGAAAUCUAGUAAACCUACCAAACGAUAUAAAGAUGGAAGUGAGCCUUCUCUACUUAAAGCCCAACGAAGACACUGGGUACCUAAUGGUAGACAAAGCUGUAGAAGAGGAAAAAGAAGAGAUCAAAGAAGAAAGUGACCCUGAAGAUCAUAGUUACCUUAAAUCUGAAGAAGAGUCUAACGAGAGCUAUUUUGAUGAUGAUGAAGAGCUUGGCUUACAAAAUAAGAAAGAACAAUUAGAAAGAAAGUCAGUCAAUCCUGAACUUCUGGGGCAAGUUGCAAAGAAAAAUGCUGGAAUGACUAAAAAUGAGACACUUGAAGCUGCAGAAGGAAUUGAAACUAAGCAAAUUGAGGAUCCUAAAAAGCGAAAUCAGACCUUAGCUCCAAUGAAAGAUCCUGGCUUAACCCCAAAUUUUUGCACAAGAGUAGAAUUCAAAAACGUUCCUUUCUGCAAACAUCCUUUCUUAUGGCCGAUAAUUGUAAUAAAAGUAAGAGAUACAGGGUAUUUCUCAGGUGCUGAAAACCUUGAACUAAUUUUCCCUCUAAUAAACUAUGUAAAUUUUCUGAGUCCGAAGAACAAGAGUUUGAAUCUUAAUGAUCUAAAAAUAGCAUAUAAGCAAAAACUAUCAGACUUGGAGACCUCUACUAACAAGACGGAGACUCAUGUUUCCAACUCUGAUGAAGACACCCUUGAAAAUGAAGAAUCUGAAGAUGAAGACGAAGGUGAAGAAACCAAAGAAUCUGGCGAAGAAAAUUCUAGUGAAGAAGAGGAUAAGAAGGAAACCUCUAAAGAGAUGGAAGAACAAGAUAGUGCUGAGGAGAUCGAUGAGGAUAAGGUCACGCUUAAAAAUCAUGAACUCUAUAAGCAGUAUCAUAAACGUAUCAAGCAGAUUAAAGCACCUCCCCUGAGUGAUCGGGCAGCAGAUGUUGCAUUUUCGAAUAUGUACGGGGAUUUUUAUGUUGAUGAUACCGAAAAGAUCACCCUUGACGUAUGCAAGAAAGAUAAGGAGUUUGAAAAUGACCUUAGGGAAAAACAACUGGAUAUCUUAUAUAAAAAGAAGGAGGAUAUCACCACCAAGUUGAGGAAAUCUCAUAUGCCAAAAGAAAAAGAGAAAAACAGAAACCUCCUUAUUUUAAAUAGAAAGAAAAUUGAAGAAUUAGAAAAUGAAGAUAUGGAUGAAGACAAGUUCUGGAAUUACAUGAACUCGAAUGAUAAUGAGUUCAAUUACGGCAGAGAUGUCCUCACAGAUAGGCUUUUUGAGCAAAUGAUAGCACUUCCUUACUUUAAGUUUGAACUUAAAACUAUGCCUGAAAUGACCUUUAGUGAGCUCGAUAGACUGGAUCUCAGAGAAACCUCAUAUGAUGGAAAUCAAAAGAGAUUCUUGAAAGCGUUUAUUACUGUAACAGCAACAGAAGAGUCAAUUAGAUCAAAAGAGUUAGAGGGAACUACUAAGCAUAAUGAGCUUGAAAUUUUUGAAAACAGUAACCUCAAAAAGCUCUCAACUGAUGGAGAUGAUGACUAUUUCACCCAAAAGAUUGAGAGUAUCUCAAGUAGGUUCCCAUUCGAUCUUGCUGAUGAGGAAUUUAUGAAAAUUGUGAGAGAAGAAAGUCAUUUUAUCUGUAGAGUUUAUGUUCUCAGAUGUCAAAACCUCGCAGGAACUACUUCAAAUGCGAACAUAAAAGAUCGUCUUGCUGGAUACUCAGCUAAUUGUACAGCAGAUCCUUACCUAGUCAUCAAAAUUGGAGAUGGAAAAUCAGCUGGAAGAGGAAAUGUAAAGAUGAUUAAUGAAAAAGAUAAUGCACAAGAGAACACAUUGAAUCCUGAAUUUUACCAGGUUUAUGAAUUCGACAUUUCCUUACCCAAAGAUUGGACUCUAACCGUUGAAGUAUUAGACAAAAACAACGUUGUCACUGAGAGCAUACUUGGAUCUACUCUUAUAGGCAAAACAGUCAUUGACCUAGAAGAUAGAUACUACGGUGACCCACAUCUCACGAUUAGAAAAUAAACUGGAGACAUACAGAAGAAUGUACCAGCGAGAAUUAGCUCUCCUGGAUAGAGGAAGGAAGACCAAAGAGCAAGAAGAAAGAAAAUUAGAACUAAAAUCAUUACAAAAGGAUAUAGCUGCUAUAUACAACGAGCUUGAUAAGGAAGAAUCUCCAAGAAUUCCUGUAGAAUUUAGGGAGCUGAUGCAUCCUAAAAAGAAACAAUCUCAAGGAAUUAUUGAGAUGUUUACUGAGAUCUUCCCUGCUAAAGACUCAAAGCUACACAAGCUUGUCAAGAUCAAGCCUCCUUCAAAAGAAGAGUUUGAACUGAGGCUGAUUAUUUGGGGAACCAGAGAAAUCAAAUUAGUUAAUGGAGAGAGUGUCGAUAUCUUUGUAAGAGUCAUAUUUGAUCCACAUGGUUGGUCUAAAGAGACCAUUGAAAGGACCACAGACACCCAUUACAACAGUAAAGAUGGAAGAGGUGAGUUCAACUGGAGGAUGAAAUUUCCGAUUGAACUCCCUUGUGAAUUCCCAAGGCUUAAAAUUCAAGUCUAUGGAUUUGGUGUCAUCACCAACGAGAUUAUAGGAGAAAAUACUAUUAAUAUUCAAAAAGCAUUACAGAACCUUGUCAAAGAGGGUUCAAUAGAGAUUCCUAAUACCUGGAUCAACCUCCAAAAUCCAGAAGAUGAGCAUGAAGAUGUAGGAAGUCUCAAAUUCUCAAUGACUAUUGUAUCAAAAAUGAUGGCAGAAGGAAACCCAGUCGGAGAAGCAUGGGAUGAGCCAAACGAAAACCCAAGAUUGAUCCCACCAACAGCUGGAAGAGGAUUUGGAGACAAAUUUGCAUCCCUUGCUUUCGACAUUGGAAAAUGGAAAUGGCCGGCAUGGCUUAUGUUCAGAAAUUUCGCAAUUUUUGGAGUAAUCCUCAGUGGGUUAGGACUUGUUGGAGCAAUGGUUGCUAUGAGAAUGGCUUAAUUCAAUUGAUCAAA